UGCAGAGGUUUGCAGGUGGCGACCAUGUCCCAGGCUGUGAAGGCCUCAGCUACUGCUGCAGUGAGCCCAGGACCCGAUGGGAAGGGGAAGGGGGCCCCGGCUGCAGGACCAGCCCCCGGCCCCGCCAUGGCCCCCGCAUCCGUGCCCACGACAAAAGCGGGGGACCUGCCUCCAGGCAGCUACAAGCUGGUGGUCUUCGAGCAGGAGAACUUCCAGGGCCGUCGUGUGGAAUUCUCUGGGGAGUGCUUGAACCUGGGAGACCGCGGCUUCGACCGAGUGCGCAGCCUCAUUGUCACCUCGGGACCCUGGGUCGCCUUUGAGCAGUCCAACUUCCGAGGGGAGAUGUUCGUCCUGGAGAAGGGCGAGUACCCACGGUGGGACACAUGGUCGAGCAGCUACCGCAGCGACAGGCUCAUGUCCUUCCGGCCUAUCAAGAUGGAUGCCCAGGAGCACAAGAUCUGCUUGUUUGAAGGCGCCAACUUCAAAGGCAACACCAUGGAGAUCCAGGAAGAUGACGUGCCCAGUCUCUGGGUCUAUGGCUUCUGUGACCGCGUGGGCAGCGUGAGGGUCUCCAGUGGAACCUGGGUCGGCUACCAGUACCCCGGCUACCGCGGAUACCAGUACCUCCUGGAGCCCGGCGACUUCCGACACUGGAACGAGUGGGGGGCUUUCCAGCCGCAGAUGCAGUCCGUGCGUCGCCUGCGUGACAGGCAGUGGCACCGUGAGGGCUGCUUCCCAGUCCUGGCCGCCGAGCCCCCCAAGUGAUCCCAUCCGCACCCUGCUCUUCUCCCUAGCCCCACCCCUC